AUGUCAAACCGUUACAAUAUUUCUGUUACUCUUUUAAAUAAAGGAAUUUUGGUAGAUGAAUUACAUUAUGGUCCAUUUUCUCGUUAUUGGUGGCAUCAGUCUUCUGAUAGUGGAGAAGUGUUUCCAAUUCAAAUAAAUCCUACUAAUGCGAUUUCUAAUAUGUAUAAACUAGUGUGCAAAAAUGUGGCAACUAAAUUUUCUGGACCACAAAUCAUGGGUUGGAAUGACAAAGAAAUCAUUUGUAAACUUUCAAUAUUUGACUCAUUUCAUCCUUUUUAUAUUUCUCUAGGCGAAUUAAAAAUUUUUAUCUAUUCAAUUGGAAGUUCCUCUCAAAAUCAUCUAAAAAAUGGAGGAACGGGUUACCAAUCAUCACUUGUUUAUAAAUAUAAACAAAAGAAUUCAUUAUUUGUUUCAACAAUAGAAAAUGAUUCUUGUACCAUUGAGAUUUAUUAUAACUGUAAGCUUGUAGAUUCCUUCGAAGAUAUAUCUCCAAUUGAAGUUUGGAGAAAAACCGGUUAUAUACAAAAAUAUGAUGGUUAUCAGCUCUUUGGUCUAGAUAACUCUGUUGUUCAAGAUUCGAUUAAGAAUCACAAAGUUCCAAAAUGUAUGCCAGAUGAAUGGGAUAAUUUUUCGCUCAUGAAAAAUCUUUAUAACUACCAUUUGAAAAAAAGGUCUCUUGCCAACAUUGAAUGGUAUAGAUUUUUUAUUGAUUGGUUGGAGAAGGAGAGUACAACAAUUGAAUUCUUUUCUCAGCUAGAGAUGAUUUAUCCAAAAAAUUAUGAAAUGAAAAAACGAGAAUUAAGUGCAUGGCAGACAAUGUUACGUGCAUCAGGUUGUCAUAAUAUCACACCAUGGACCCAAUAUGAAUCAAAGUCUCAAUUAUGGACAAAAUCCACAAAUCACGUCACUGAAAAAUCAACAAUUCACUCUCUUUAUAAAAUGGGUUUUUUGGUAAGCACACCUGUUCAUAUGUCAAACAAGACCAAUAUUUUCUGGUCUUGUUUCAAGCAAGCCUUGAAAGACAACAAAAAAAACCAAGAUGGGAAACGGCGUGUAUUGUCAAUCAUUGCAAAUGACUUUACCUACCAAGAAUUACAAACAAAUUUGAAUGUAAGUGAUUAUGAAAAGACAGAUAAUAUUUUUAUUGAUAUAACAAAUAUCUUAAAAAUUAAUGUUUCAAUUGAAUUAAAGGUUGGAGAACAUACAAUUUCAGAGUCUCGAAAACAUGCCAAUAUGUGUGGUUAUGGUGCACCACCCUUAUCUAAACCAGUUAUAACAAGAAAAAUUGAAGAUGUUAUGAAAAAAAACAUUGAAAAUAUUUAUCUUCAGUUGACGCAUGCAAUGAAUCGACAUGUAAAAUUUGGUUUCGCCAUUGAAUCUGGUGAAGAUAUUGAGAUAGCCAUCAAAAAUACAGCUGGUACACAUGUAGCUAAUUUGGAACCAAAUAGAACAAAAGAUAAAAAAUUAGGUACAAUAGCUGGCAUCACCAAUUGGAACGAAUGGAUGUGGCCUGAUGAAGAAGCUGAGAAAGGUUACAUUUUUGCACGACCUCUACCAGGAAUUGGUCCUUGGACAAAGUUUUCUCCCCAAAAGAUUGGAAAUAUUCUAAAAAAUUAUUCCAUUGAGAAACCUAAUCCAAAAAUAAGUCAACACACACAGUCACAUAAACCAUGGAUGGUGCCAUUUGUAGAAUACGAAGAAAAUGAUGAAAUAACAGUAGAAGAAAAUGAUGAAAGUAAUAUUGAUAUGGUG